UCUCUCCAAAGCCUCCGGCUCCACUCCAACUCCUCUCGCCUCCGCGGCUCCGCCCAUUUCGCGGGUCGCCGGAGCAGCAGCAGCCGCCGCGCCAGAUCUCGAACCUUCUAGAAGCUUCCGCCCGCUUCCACCCAUCUCCCCCGAGGGCGCCUGGAUCCCGAACCUUCUAGGCGUCGGCGGCCGGGGAAGGCGCGAGGGGAGGCGGACCACGGGAUCUGCUUCGAAGCCCCUCGCCUCCUCUGGAACCUUCCGGGCGCGGCGCGGCGGGAUGGCGAGUGCAAAAGUGUCGCACCCCGUUAAAUCGGCCUCCGAGGAGUCCAAAGUACUCGUGGUGGAGAAUGGGAAGAUGGUUGAUGUUCAGGACAAGGAAAUCACCAUGGAAGGCCUCUGUUCCAUAAGUUCUUAUGACCAGUGGGCACGGAUCCCUGUUUCUGGACCGCUUCCGAAACCUCGCUACAAGCAUGCAGCUGCUGUGGUUCAGGAAAAGAUGUAUGUUUUUGGUGGAAAUCACAAUGGCCGUUACCUUGGUGACAUGCAGGUUCUGGAUUUCAAAUGUUUAUCAUGGUCGAAGCUAGAAGCUAAAAUACAAUCAGAAGAACCUUCAGACUUGACUGGAACAGCUUCGCUUCCUCCUUGUGCUGGUCAUGCACUGGUUCCAUGGGGAAACAAGAUCCUCUGUCUUGCAGGACACACAAGGGAACCUACAGAAAGUCUCAGUGUUAAGGAGUUUGAUCCACAAACUUGCACCUGGUCAACCUUGCGCACUUAUGGCAGAUCACCGAGCUCAUGCGGUGGCCAAUCAGUGACUCUUGUUGGAGGCACAUUAGUAGUGUUUGGAGGUGAAGGUGAUGGGAGAUCCCUUCUGAAUGACCUGCACGUUCUUGAUCUCGAGACCAUGACUUGGGAUGAAUUUGAGACCACAGGCACACCCCCUUCUCCAAGGUCAGAGCAUGCUGCUGCGUGCUAUGCUGAUCGUUAUCUCUUGAUAUUUGGCGGGGGUUCUCAUUCUACAUGUUUCAGUGAUCUACAUCUCCUUGACAUGCAGACGAUGGAAUGGUCAAGACCAGAACAUCAGGGUAUUACUCCCGAACCAAGAGCAGGGCAUGCAGGUGUUACGGUUGGUGAGAACUGGUUUAUUACUGGAGGUGGUAAUAACAAGAAAGGUGUCCCAGAAACACUUGUACUUAACAUGUCAACAUUUGUAUGGUCAGUCGUUACUGGUCUUGAAGGCCGUGCACCCCCAACAAGUGAGGGCUCAAGUUUAGUGCUGCACAAAGUUAAUGGUGAAGAUUUUCUGGUGUCAUUUGGAGGAUACAGUGGACGUUACAGUAAUGAGAUUUAUGCUCUCAAGUCAAGUCGAAAGUCCGGUGUGCCAUCUGGGCAACUAAAUGAACCUGAAACAAAUGGAUUGGCCUCUGUGGCAGAAAAUUCUAGCAGAGGGGUCAUAUUUGAAAUUGAAGAACUUCAAGAUGAAAAGACUAUUAAGAGGGCAGAUACAAGCAAAACUUUGUUGCAAGCAGUUAAGGGUGAGAAGAGUCAUAUAGAAGAAAAACUUAACCAGGAAGAGCUGCAGAGUUCCAGACUGAAGCAGGAAUUAGCUAACGUGGAGACAAAAAAUGUGGAACUUACCAAGGAACUUGACUUAGUCCGCAAUCAACUUUCUGCUGAAGAAGCAAGGGCGUCGCAACUUGAGAACGAAAUUUCGGAUCUUCAACAAAGGCUGCAGAAGAUGGAGACCCUGGAAAAGGAGUCCGAAUCGCUUCGGCUUGAAAAGGAUGCAGAGUCCGACGAUUCAUCUUCAGGCAGCAACCAGCGGCCUGCUGAUAAGGGCUUCUGGAGGUGGAAUGGAUAAAAAUUCAUCGAUACAGGUAGUAGCAUACUAGCAUUGGAUGUAUGGAGGAUAUUUCCUGCAGAGUUGCACAUUCUUUCAAUUUUUGCCCAUUUCUUUUUUCCCCUGGAGAGCCCAGUAUUCACAAGUAGAUCAAAUAUCGAAAAAUGUUUACUCACAGAGAAACAGGAUGAUAGCAAAUCGCGGUUCCAUCAAGAGAACUGAUCAACCAUGAGAAGAAUUUAAUAAAGUUUACAGGUGGUUCUAUUUUUUUCACCUCAA